ACAGAUAGUAUAAUGGAAAAUAGUAAGGGUACCAGGACAGGUGGCAGCAGCCAUCGGAUGAAUCCAAAUGAUUUUUUCUUUGGAAAAAUGUUGGGAGAAGGAAGUUUCAGCUGUGUUUAUUUGGCCAAAGAAGUGAGAACAUCCAAGAAAUAUGCAAUAAAAGUAUGCGAAAAGCGGUUAAUAAUACGCGAACGAAAACAGGAGUACGUGAAACGGGAACGGGAGGUGCUUAAUCGGCUUACCGGGAAGCCCGGAUUCCUUGGCCUGUACUGUACUUUUCAGGACAGCUCCAAGCUAUACUUCGUCAUGACCUACGCCUGCAACGGCACGCUGCUUUCACUGCUUUCACGGCCCUCGUUCACGGUAGACUGCGCUCGGUUUUACUCGGCGGAGAUUUUACUUGCGCUGGAAACAAUGCACAACAUGGGCAUACUGCACCGAGACAUAAAGCCGGAAAAUAUCCUGCUAGACGAAAAAAUGCACGUCUUGAUGGCUGACUUUGGGUCUUCCAAACUUGACUACAAAGAGGAGGACGAGAAGGGGGAUGAUAAGCAACCGGAUGAAGGUGUGGCCGGAUUGAAGGAGGGACCACCUUCCUCGCCGACCAUGUCCACUGCCCGCAAGAUUGCUCAGCGUGUGCUUGGCACGGAGUACCAAGACGAGGACGAUGAUACGGACGAUGCGGAGGACAUUCAACCUGUUACCACACGGCCCAACAAACGUCGAAGUUUCGUCGGUACGGCACAGUACGUUUCGCCCGAAAUCCUCACCGGCACUCUUUCCUCGCCCGCCUCGGAUCUUUGGUCGUACGGUUGCACGAUCUAUCAAAUGGUUUGCGGUGUGUCACCGUUUCGGGCUGCCUCCGAGUAUCUUAUCUUUAAAAUGAUUCUCCGCUGCCAGGUGUCUUACGCGGACAGUUUCGACCCGGUAGCGAAAGAUCUCGUGACACGGUUGUUACAAAUCGAACAACGAAAACGGUUGGGAGCGUGUGACAAUCCACGCUACAGCACGAUUCGGCAGCACGCCUUCUUCGAAGGAAUCGAUUUUGAGCAUCUGCGCCAACAGCCCGCUCCGUUGCCAUCGUGCACGGAAUCAGUAUUAAACAGUGACACCAGCUCAUUGAGCAGUGUUUUCUUUCCCGAGGGCAUGCAGCCCGGCCUAGAUGACCGGCAGAUAUCGCGCCUGUUCGAUUUUAAGCUUGCCGAGCUGAACGAAACUGAUGACGUCCGAGCAGAUGGUGGUGACGAAGCGGUUGCGGAACGAGCGUCCGACGCUCCACCUGGUCGUCCCUUUGUGGAGCCGAUAAGGAGAGUAGAAGGUAGUAGCGGUAGUGCGGAGAAAGAGGAUACAGAGACAAAUCGUACCGGCUCGGGUCUCGUACUAAGUUUCACUCGUUCUGGAUUCAAGUUUUUUAAAUCGGUCGAAGAUGCGUUGAAAAAUGAUCCCGGACCGAUUAGCCAAUGGCAACCAUUCGCUGACGGCGAAGAUAUCCUCAAAUACGGCUUCAUUUAUAAACGCAAGGGGCUGUUUGCCCGGCGGCGCAUGCUACUGCUCACCAAACGACCCCGUUUAAUCUACAUCGAUGCGGUGAAUAUGGUGAAAAAGGGUGAAAUACCCUGGACAUCCGCACUUUCGGUGGAGGCGAAAAACUUCAAAACCUUCUAUGUGCAUACGCCAAACCGAAUCUACUACCUAGAGGACCCAGAAGGAUUCGCACUAAAGUGGUGUGAUACCAUUACUGAUGUUCAUCGAAAGACUUUCGGAAACAGUGAAAGCAAUGAUAGCGCCGUAAUUCAAACCGAAUGA